UCGGAACCGAACCAGCUACCGUCGUACCUUGGGCCAAGCCUCCAGAUGUUUGGGACAGGGAAUCCCCAUCACUUCCAGAAAAUAAAUUUUGUGAACAAAAGCCCAAAGCCCCACUGCCAGCCUCGCUCUUCACCCCCGCGGCACGCACACCCACGCCACAGCAAGGCAGCGGAUGAGCUUUCACCGUGUUCCCCCCCCCCCCAUUAUUUUUUUUUUUUUUUUCAGGGGUGCAUCUUGCUGGUCCUCAUCUCCGCUCCCAUCUGCGGCCACGGGCUGGAGAGCAGCCGGGGAUGAAGGCAGCUGGUAAAUCAGCACAGGCAUCUCCCAAACAGCCUCAGCACAGCCGGAACUGUCGUCCCCCCCGCCUCCCCCUUGGCUUUUUCCUGUGCCUCCGCACAGCAACCCGGCCAGCAACGCGGAGCGGCCUCCUUUGCUGCGGGCAGAGCAUCCCGGGGACCCUCGGAGACGGGAUGCGGAGGGAGGAUGAAGGCUGCCGCGUGGAGCAGGGGUGUCCCGAUGGAGCCAAAGCGGGUGAAACGGUGGUAAAAUCCGAAGGGAAUAACCGAGGGAGAGCUUGUGAGAGCAACCGGGGGAUGGAGCGCAAGGACGAAUUCACCCGUGGCGAGGGGCAUCAGCAGCUCUUUGCAGAAGAAAGUCUCUACGAGUGUUCCCACUGCAAGAAAUGCUUCCAGGACAGGUCAGAGCUCAUUUGCCAUCAGAGGUUGCACAGGGGAGGAAAGACUUUCAAGUGCCAGGAGUGCGGAAAGGAGUUUGGGAAGAGCUCAGACCUUAGUUCCCAUCAGAAAAGCCACAUGGCGGAGAAGCCCUACCAGUGCUCGACGUGCGAGAAGUUCUUCAAGGACAGGUCCACCCUCAUCCGGCACGAGAGAGUGCACACGGGAGAGAAGCCCUACAAGUGCCACGAGUGCGGGAAGAGGUUCACCCGCAGCUCGGACAUCAUCGUCCAUCAGCGGACGCACACGGGGGAGAAACCCUUCGAGUGCCCCGAGUGCGGGAAGAGGUUCAGCCAACGGUCCAACCUCUUCACCCAUCAGAUCGUACACACCGGGGAGAAACCCUUCACCUGCCACGAGUGCGGGAAAAACUUCGCCCGCAGGUCGGAGCUCACCAUCCAUCAGCGAACGCACACCGAGGAGAAGCCCUACCAGUGCUCCCAGUGUGAAAAAUCCUUCCGGGGGAGGUACGGACUCUUCAGGCACGAGAGGCUGCACACGGGGGAGAAACCCUACGAGUGCUCUGAGUGCGGGAAGAGCUUCGGGCAGAGCGGGGACCUUAUCACCCACCAGCGCUUCCACACGGGAGAGAAGCCCUACCACUGCUCCGAGUGCGGGAAGUUCUUCUGCAAUAAAUCCAGCCUCAUUAAACACCAGAAAUGGCAUUCGGGGGAGAAGCCCUACAAGUGCCACGAGUGCGGGAAGAGCUUCGGGCAGAGCUCGGACCUCAUCGCCCACCAGCGGACCCACACCGGGGAGAAGCCCUACCCCUGCACCGAGUGCGGGAAGAGGUUCACCAGGAAAUCCAGCCUCAUCGUCCAUCAGAGGGGACACAGAGGACGGAGAACUGGAGAGCGCUCAAAAUGCGGGAAGAACUCGGAGGAAGGCUCCGGCGCCAACGCUCCCGACAGCGUGGGCAUGGGAGAAGGCUCGUCCCCGUGCUCCGAGUGCGCAAAGCCCUUCGAGGAGGCAUCAAGCCUCCUUGACCGGCAGACGUGACGCAGAGGAGGAAAAAAAAAAAAUCCCUCCCAAGUGCCUGGAAGAGGAAGAAACGGCUUGGCUUGGCUUGGCUUGGCACCAAGAUCAUGCAAGACGAGAAGAAACGAGAGCAGCGUGGGACAUCCUCCUGUGUGAGAUUUAACCUUUUUUUGGGGGGGGGGUGUUGGAGACUACUCAGGGGCAGAAAAAGAGUUAAACACUACAGCGUGGGUUCCUCAGUGAUGGAAAAAGGCUAAUUCCUCCUAAUUCCUCACAUUAUCGCGUAGAUCGUUUAAUAGUCUUCGCUUUGCUCCUCCAGCAGCUUCAUCCAAACUCUUUGCUCCCUGGUGAGAGCCCUUCUACCACCCUAUUCCCUCUUUUUUUUCAACAUCUUGCCGUUCUAUUUUUUUAAGGUUAGCUGAGACAUGGGGUCCGCUCCUGUCCAAGCGUCCGUCGCACAUCCAGCCUCGAUGCGUUAAACCUCGACUUAAAAAAAAGUUGAUUGUUCCUAAGGAGAUUUUUAUUUUCAUAUUAGAUAUUUGAUAAAAAUAUAUGGAAAUUUUAUAUUGCUAGAGGAAUAUUAGAGGAAUGAGCAUUUUCCCUCCAGAAGGUGUAGAUGUUUUUAACAGUGGAGAAGAAUCAAAAGAUCUCCACUGUGGAUGUUGGGGAGCGGAGAAAGCAUCCGCUCUACCCGAUUGAAGGGAAAACCGUGAGAUUUCAGUAAAAGGAGCGCGAUGCGAAAGGAUCGGUGUCCCAAAAGGAAGCCGUCGGAGGUAACUUACAUCAAAUGUUCAAUAAAUGACCCGUUUCUUUCC